CAAGCACUCUUCGCAGAGAAAUCAAAAAUAGCUUACCCAGUUUGCCCUCCUAGCUCCGGUGGGAAAACAAUUAGUACAAAACAACUCACCCAAACUUCAAUGUUGCUAAUUUACUGGCCAUGUUUUCUUCUUAUCAUUCCAAGGUGGUUGUCUUUUCAUUCUCCGAAUUCUCCUACCCCACCACCACCACCACAAUUAAUUAUCUUUCAACACCCAACUCAUAUGUCCUAAAUAUAUGUAUCUAUAAAUUCUCUGCUCUUUAUACCUUGUUUUCCAUGACCUUAAAUUUUUAUAUCAUUUUGGAGUAGGGGGAGAAGGAGGAGGAGGAUAUGUGUGAGGUUUCAAUGUCCGGGUCAAGGUCUGGCAGCGCCGGAGGAGGCUCCAGAUUCGUCGUCCAUGUUCUCCGAGGACGAUGGUUCUCCCUGUUCGCCUCCUUUCUGAUCAUGUCUAUGGCUGGUGCCACUUAUCUUUUCGGAACCUACUCCAAAGAAAUAAAAGCUUCUCUGGGUUAUGAUCAAACAACUCUCAACCUGCUUGGCUUUUUCAAAGAUUUUGGUGCCAAUGUUGGGGUCCUCUCAGGCCUCAUUGCCGAGGUAACUCCGACAUGGUUCGUUCUGGUAAUGGGUGCAGCCUUGAAUUUCACAGGCUAUUUCAUGAUAUGGCUAGCCGUUACCGGCAAAAUCGCCAAGCCAAAAGUGUGGCAGAUGUGCAUCUACAUAUGCAUUGGAGCCAAUUCUCAAAACUUUGCUAACACAGGUGCUCUUGUCACUUCCGUUAGAAACUUCCCUGAAAGCAGAGGCAUCAUGAUAGGUUUGUUGAAAGGAUACACUGGCCUAAGUGGAGCUAUCAUGACACAGAUUUAUUUGGCCUGCUAUGGAAAUGACUCCAAGUCUCUCAUCCUCCUCAUUGGGUGGCUUCCGGCUGCCUUGUCUCUGGUUUUCGUAUACACAAUCCGGCCCAUGAAGAUGAUUAGGCAGCCUAAUGAGCUCAGAGUCUUUUAUCAAUUCCUAUAUAUAUCAAUUGGGACAGCAUUGUUUAUCAUGGCCAUGACCAUUGCACAAAAAUUAGUAUCUUUUCCAAGAGGUGCUUAUGCUGGUAGUGCCACCGUUGUCUGUCUCUUGCUCUUUGUCCCUCUCUUGAUUGCCAUUAGAGAAGAACAUGUUUUCUGGAACCAAAAUAAAACCACUGUUGAGAAUCCAACAGUGGUGAAAUCGGAAUCGUUGUCGGCGGUGAAGCCAGAGUCGUCCACGCCAGCUUGGUACCAAGAUAUAUUCAAUAAACCAGAAAGAGGAGAAGAUUACACAAUUUUACAGGCACUUCUUAGCAUAGACAUGCUAAUUCUAUUCCUGGCAACUUUUUGUGGACUUGGGUCAAGCUUAACUGCAGUGGACAACUUGGGUCAGAUUGGAGAAUCACUGGGAUAUCCAACAAAAACCAUCAAGACCUUUGUGUCUCUUGUAAGCAUAUGGAACUUUUUUGGGCGGAUCUUUGCCGGCUUCGUCUCCGAACAUCUCCUUGUCAAGUACAAAUUUCCCAGGCCACUCAUGAUGACUCUGGUUCUUUUCUUGGCCUGUGCUGGACACCUCCUCAUUGCCUUUCCUUUCCCCGGUUCAGUCUACGUAGCUUCAUUAGUCAUUGGAUUCUCAUUCGGAGCACAAUUGCCCCUUCUUUUCGCAAUCAUAUCUGAGCUCUUCGGCCUAAAGUAUUACUCAACAUUAUUCAAUUGUGGACAAGUGGCCAGUCCUUUGGGCUCAUAUAUACUGAAUGUGAAGAUCACGGGACAUCUUUACGAUCAAGAGGCAUUGAAGGAGCUUGGGAGAAAAGGACUGACUAGAGCGUCGGUGAAGGAAUUGACUUGUAUUGGUUCAGGGUGUUAUAGGCUUCCUUUUAUAAUCUUGGCAAGUGUUACAUGUUUUGGAGCACUUGCUUCAUUCAUUUUGGUAAUUAGAACUCGUGAUUUCUACAAAGGGGAUAUAUAUAAGAAAUUUAGAGAGCAAGCCGAGAUGGAAGCCAAGCAAAAUAUGUGAAGGACACAACCAGGUUAAUUUUUAUAGGUGUACUUUGGUUAGCAUGUAUGUUUUUCUUCUUUUUCUUGGUUUUAUUCUAUUCAAAAAACAUGAGCCUCGAAGAAAAAAAAAACAAAAACCAGAUGUGUUUGGAUGUGUUGAAGAAUUGCUUGAUGCACUAAUAAUGCAAGUUAACGUUGUGAGAGCACUUUACUCAAAUAA